AUGACUUCAGUCCGGUCGAACAAUACCUUUUCUAACUCGGAUGUUGCCACACUUACAAGUUUUGGUUAUAGACCUGGCGAAGAGGAUAAUGAAAAUGUAAUAUCAAAAAUAUUUCAACGCGUAAAAAGUUCUUUCGCUGUAUCCCCUGGUACUCCGAAUGUAAACAAUUCUACAGAUCCUCUCGAAAAUUCUUCAACAAACUCUUCUCAAGAUCUUGAUUUUGAACCUUCGAAAAGUACCUCGUCGCUAUUAUUACCUGAUAAAGAUAAUAAAGGUUUUAAACAUGGUGUCACCCCUGCUCCCCCCGUCGUCUCAAUAGAACCUUUCCUUGGAAGUGCCCCAGCAAAGCUUAAAUUAGAAUCUACGGACAAUGUUCAAGACCAUGCUAAUGGUACUGUAAAUGGGAUCAAUACUACUUCAAGUUUAGUUAAUGGUUCUACCAACCAGCAAAAUUCUCAGGAGGGUCUCGACGCAGCGUGUCAAGACACGUAUCCUAUUUAUAAAGAUGUUUCGGAUACCCGAUCUAUUCAAUCUGUUCAGGCUACUGCAUCUACUGCUAAUAAUUCUGGCUAUUCAUUUAGUAAAGUUAUCAGAAGGUUACGUGGUGAAGGCGUAAAUAGAGGUUAUUGGAUGGCAGAUGAUACUUGUAAAGAAUGUUAUGAUUGUAAAACUACCUUUACCUUAAUAUUUUGUUCUAAAUGUGCUUCCAAUAUAAUACCUGGUGAAAAGUUUAAUUAUGAUGGUGCUAUGCGUGUUUGUAAUUAUUGUCGUCAACUUAUUAAAGAUUAUGGUGAGGAUUCUGAUUCUGAACCAGAAUAUUGGAAUCCAGAAAAACCCGAUUUUUCAAAUAAUACUGUUCCAAGGUUACAUUUAACUCAACCUAUGCCAACUGACAAUCACAGUAUUCCAUCAAGUACAACGUCUGAAUUAACACCUUCUACUAUUAAUUCUCACCUUUCUCCACGACCUCCUUCUCCUGAUACUCUCUCAUUGAAUGAUGGUUUAAAAAAAAUUAUUUCUGUUGGGUCUUCUUUAUUUAUCUUUGUUACUAGUAUUUUACACGUGGGUGGAAGUAGUGAAUCUGCUACUCCGACCCCUGCCGUUUCUGAAUAUGCUGGUAGUGAUGAUGAAACUAGUGAAUAUGGUUCAAGAUCUUCUCUACGGUCAAUGCCAAAAGGUCAACGUGCUGAAGAUAUAAGAAGUCAUUUUGCUAGAGAUAAAAGUUCUUCUCGACGAUGGAGUAUUAAUAGUAAUCGUUCAUCCAGAGUGGGUAAAAAAAGAAGUGGUUUACUCAGACAAAUUAAUCCAAAUAGUGUGCCUAUGGAAAUGUCUUGUUCUGUAGAAUCUAGACCUUCAUCUCCAUUUAGUAUGCGACAUUCUCGAACUACUUCUAUGCAAACUAAAACUGAAAUUAGUCCAAUUUCCCUACAACAUAUGAGACAAUUAUUACGUCAAUUUUUACGGGAAUCCGAAAUUGAUUUAUCCGAAGGUUGGGAGGAUGUAAUAAUGGCUUUGAUGACAAAAGUUUCUAAUAAUUUAAAUCCAAAUGUUCGUGGUGGUGAUGAGAUUGACAUUCGACAUUAUGUAAAAAUUAAAAGAAUUCCGGGUGGUACACCUCAAGAUUCUGAAUAUGUUCAUGGUGUUGUAUGUGCAAAAAAUUUGGCUCAUAAACAAAUGUCAAGGGCUCUUCAUAACCCUCGAGUUCUUAUUUUAACUUUUGCUUUGGAAUAUCAUCGCGUUGAGAAUCAAUUAAUGUCACUGGAACCGGUUAUUGCCCAAGAAGAAGAACAUUUACGUCUAUUGGUCAAUAGAAUUGCUGCAUUACGUCCUCAUUUAGUUCUAGUUGAAAAAACAGUCGCUCGUAAGGCUUUGCAAAUGUUGUUAGAAAAGAAUAUUGCUGUUGCUUUAAAUGUUAAGGCAUCUGUUAUUGAAGCUGUUGCUCGUUGUGCACGAGCUGAUAUCAUUCAGUCUAUCGAUAAACUUGCUAUAGAACCAAAAUUGGGAAAUUGUGGAAAGUUUUUGGUUAAAACUUUUGAUCAUCAACUUAUUCCAGGGCGACGAAAGACUUAUUUAUUUUUUGAAGAAUGUCCUAAAGAUUUAGGUUGUACUAUUGUUUUACGAGGAGGAAAUAUGGGAAUUCUUGAAAAAGUAAAACGUAUUGCCGAUCUCAUGGUUUUCGUGGUAUAUAAUUUAAAAUUAGAGACUGCUCUGAUAAUGGAUCAAUCCGCAAAAACACCCGAUUUUAUUGAAGAUCUUCAAAUUAGUAGUCAUGAUUACUUUUCUGCUAAAUGUGAUGAGUUGGAUCCAUUAGGACCAUACGAAUCAACUAUACUUUCAGUGUCCCCAUUUAUUAAAUUCCCACCACCUUAUUUAUUGACAAGAAUGAAGCAAGCUGAACAAAAGCUUGCGGAUUUGGUACAAAAACGUAAUUGGUCUUCAAAUAAAGACGGUGAUAAACAACAUUCGGCACCAUCUACUUCUGUUGGACUUUCUGGCAUUUUACGUACUCCUGAACAAGUUAUAGCUGAAGCAGAAUUUUCUGAUGCCAUCCAUGAUCAUAUCUUUCAGACACGUGCUUGGGAAAGUUAUGUAUAUAAUAAUAUUGUUAGUCCAUAUGCACAUCAAAAUAUAUCAGUGUUGUAUUCUAAAGUUUGCACUGUAAAUGGAAAUCCAUGCAAUGAGCCCGAGAUUUUGGUUAUGGAAUAUUAUCGUGAAUCUGAUCGUACACUUGGACAAUAUAUAGAAGGCAUGUGUUCGAGGUCUAAUGUAUUAUGUAGUUCGUGUGAUCGUCCGCUAUUCAUGCAUUAUCACUGGUUUUGUCACGGAAAUUCACGAAUUACCGUGUAUAUUGACGAAAAUCAAGAAUUCCCUCUCCUAAAUGUGGAUCAAAUAUUCUUGUCUACUCGUUGUAAAAUAUGUGAGGUUGUGACACAACCUACAUUAAUGAGUGAAGAUACAUGGAAAUAUUCAUUUGGAAAAUAUUUAGAACUUUCUUUUUAUCAAACAGAAGUUAAGAGUCGUAUAGAAAAAUGCUUGCAUAAUAUUUUUCAUGAUCAUGAUUUAUUCUUCCAUUUCAAUAAGCUUACGGUUAGAUUUCGAUAUGAGCCAAUCGAACUUUUGGAAGUAUAUGCACCACCUAUGCAUCUUUAUACCAAGCCCGAAGUUCAUAUUCGUCUUAAAAAUCAAGAUUUAGAUACAAUUCGACAUAAAAUAACGAAUUAUUGGGAUUCAGUAGCUGAUAGAAUAAAAAAUUUCAAUUAUGAGAUUGUUCAACCAGAUAAGGUUGAAAUGUGCAAACAAGAAAUGUUAGAAAUGUCAAGAAGAGUUGUGACAGAGAAGAAAUUUAUGCUUCAAAAACUCCAACAAACAUAUGUUAAUAGCCCACCUGAAGAUACCUUAGCAUUAAAUAAUGUAUUAUGCGUUCUCCAAAAUAAAGUCGUGGAAUGGGAUAAAGAUUUUAAUGAUAUCGCUCGACAAUAUUUCCGACUAACCGCAAAGCAAAUAAGGAGAUUUUUUGUUGAUAAUCAUGAAGCGAUUACUUUACGUGGUUAUUCGAGCUCAUUUUUCGAUGAUUUGCCAUUGAUAAGUAUGGAUCUUGACACUGUAUUUGAUUCUAAGACCAAUGAUUCUAUUGGUCCUACGAUUGUUCCAAAAUUAGGAAGUUCUCCUACAGCGGAUCUUAUUUUGAAUGGACUUAAAGAGUUAGAUUUCUUUAAUGAAGGAGAAAUUGAAAGUCUUGAAAAUGACAUAGAAAAGGUCGCUUCACAAUUGACCUUGUUUCCAUUUAUGGAUCCAAAGGUUUCCAGGCGUUUAUCAAUGAAAUGGAUGCAAGAAUCUAAAUCAUGUCAAAGACAAAUAAUAGCUCGCACACCAUCUGAAUCAAUCUUUCCAGCUAUUCCUGACAAACAAGAUGAUUGUGAUUUUACUCAAACAACUGAAAUACCUCAUAUAAUACCAUCUACUAUUAAACAAAGGCAUGCUGCAUCAUCACCUUCCUUUAACACAUUACCUUCUAAGCCAAAUCGGGUAUCGUCAUUACAAUCUCCUACAAAAUCGUCAUCAACAUCUCGAAUUAGUCGGUUGCAGCAAGUAUUGGAAAAAGAAAGCAAUGUACAAGAUUAUCCUCCACUCAAAAAGAUACAAACUAAGAGAAAUCAAAAUAUAGCCUCUGAAAAAUCUGGAAUUCCUCGUCAAAAUUCAAAAUCUAGCAGAUCAUCUACAUUUAAACAUGCUUUACCGGAUGGUUAUGGACUUUCUGCAAUAAGAUCUCAUGAAAAUAGAAAAAAUAAAUUAGCUAGUUUUUAUAAAUCAAAACGUAGGCCAACUAUUCUACCCUCUAAGCCAAUUAUUGAAGUUUAUAACAAUGCAAAGGAUGCUACUGCAGAAGAAUCAGAUUGCUCUGAUGACUCUGAUGAAGGUAUAGAUGAUUGUCCCGAACGAUAUUACGAUGAUGAAAGACGAAUUUUCUCAUUGAAUCGUACAGAUGUAUUUGACGAAUUGUUGGGAAAUGAAGAAUUUGCUACAUUACCCGGUCGAGAACCAUCGGAUGAAACAUAUAUAUAUCAUUCCGCAUUGGCAUUUUUAGGAAGUGAUCUCAAUGAACCAACUACACCAGUAGCAGAAUCAUUUUCAGGAUCCAGUAGAUAUUUACUUCCAAACGAUGCAAGUGAUUCUUCUAAUGUACAAAGGGUGAUGAGAUCUAUUACAAGCUUUUGGACCGAUAAAAAAAAUUUAGAUCCACUGAUUUAUCCUUUUUCAAAAGAAUACUUGGAAAAAUUGAAGACAGUGCAAAACAAUCAAACCAAUGAUAUAUUCACAGUAGGAGAUGAACGAUUUAGUUCUAAAUCUGCCAACUGGGCAAUCGAAGGAGAAGAAAACAAUGAAGUAGAGGAUAAUCUAUUAUCACAUAUGAAAUACC